GAAGGAUCACAAACUAGGUUCAUCUAAGACUAGGAGAUUCAGCAAUGGGGUCGACAUGGGCGAAAGAAAACUUGGAUUUCGUUCUAGUCCCCGCUGGUAUACUGAUCAUGGUCGGAUAUCAUUUGUUUCAUCUCCACAGAUGCAUCAAUCGGGCUGAGACCACGGUUGUCGGAUACGAAAACCACAACCGGAGACUUUGGGUGUCGCGAUUGUUGGAGGUUGAAGUAAAGGAUAGAAAUCAAGCACUUACAGUGACAGGGAACUACUUAUUUGCAGCGAUGUCUCUAGCAUCCAUCGCCCUUGUUCUCUGCUCGUUGCUCGUGGCGUGGAUUGGAAACUCGUACAACAACGAACCCGUAGCAGCGAGAGUCUAUGGAAACAUGAGUCCAACCAUUAUUUACACCAAAUACCUGGCAAUUCUCACCAGCUUCGUGAUUGCCUUUGUUUGUUUCGUCCACGCAUCAACGAGCUUCCUUCACGCCGGUUUCCUCAUCAGCUUGCCCAACUGCGUAAUGCUCGCGGGCAAUGUCGAGAAUGCAGUCAUAACGGGAUGUAAUUUCUGGGUGGUCGGGCUCCGAUCGCUCUAUUUAGCCACCAAUUUGAUGCUGUGGAUUUUUGGCCCGAUUCCGAUGUUUCUCAGCUCAGUGAUCACAGUGACGCUUCUGCAGUUCUUGGAUAGGAACACAACCCCACUGCCUCAGUAUGCUCGGCCACUGAGUUGCGACCCUUACACGAAGAUCGACGAUCACUGAGCCUGAGGAGGAAGAUCGAUGGACACUCGAUUUUCUCGUGUUUUUCUUGUUCUGUGGCACAUGUAUUAUUGCUUCAUAUCAUAGUCAAAACACAAAGGAAAUGGCAAUAACAAUAAUACCAAAAAUUUCAUAUAAAUAAUUGGGAAGUUUGUGA